AUGGAUUCGACAAAUGUAUAAGAUAUCUCUUUAGAUUACUUAUCAGAUAUAUCAGUUGAAAAGGAUAGAGGGAUCUUCUAAACUGUGUACGAUUAGCAUGAGUUUGAUAAUUUAAAUGAAGAUUUUAAAACCUUGAGAUUGUAUUAGAAAUAAAUGAUAUUAUGAAUGAAAUUUGAAACAUUAAAUUGGCAGAGAAGUUUGAAAAUUGAGAGAUUAUAAAAUAAUUAUUAAUUAACUUGUUUAAUUUUCAAAAAAAACAGUGAAAAAGCUAAGAUAUUUGUGUAUCUAACAAUCGAUAAAUAUGUUAAGUACACAAAAGAAAUUGCUGACUUUUUUACUAUUUUUUAAUGAAGGAAUUUUAAAAAAUUUUAGGCAAUCAAAAUAAAUGCCUUUUAAUUUUUGCAGACAAAUGUAAUAUCAGUCUCUGUGGAUAUAAUUUAAAGACUAUAAAACAAAGUCUGAGAAAAAUAGAUAAACAUAAAUUUCUUAGAAAUAAUAAGAUAUUUUAUUGUUCUAAAAAAUAAUAUUACUUUACAUAAUAUCUUAUAGAGAAAUUAAUAUAUAGAGUUAGGAAUUGUAAUUGAUCUACUUAUGAUAGGGGAUUUUAAUAUCGAAGAAGUUGUUAAUGCAAACGGUUAAUAGGUUCAUUAAUCAAAUAUAUUUAAGAUUUAUUAACAACAUUUUUGAAUAUGCACAAGAUCCUUGAAUCGAAAUCAAAAUGGUUUCUUAAAGGAACUCAAUUGUAAUUAGAUAAAUUUUGUGGAAAAAAAUGCUCACUUAGUGUCUUUACCAGAAGGUUCUGA